AUGCACACAGAGGUUGACAAACUUCAAAUUAUCGGCUUCAUCAGGGAGGCUACAUAUCCAGUAUGGUUGGGAAAUUCGGUAAUGGUCCGAAAAGCUACAGGCGGGUGGCGAAUGUGCCAAGACUAUACCGAUCUGAACAAGGCCUGCCCGAAGGACAGCUUUCCGUUGCCAAAGAUAGACCAGCUCGUGGACGCCACCGCCGGACACGAACUGCUCAGCUUCAUGGACGCUUAUUCGGGAUACAAUCAGAUAUUCAUGCACCCUUCCGACAGCGAACACACCGCCUUCAUAACGGACAGGGGGUUAUACUGUUACAAUGUCAUGCCGUUCGGCCUGGAGAACGCGGGGGCAACAUAUCAGAGGCUUGUCAACAGAAUUUUCGCCAAAUACAUCUGGAGCAUCAUGGAGGUUUACGUUGAUGACAUGUUGGUAAAGAGCAGAACUGCCGAAAGCCACCUGCACAAUUUGUCAAUCAUGUGCAACAUACUGAAAGACUACCGGAUGAGGCUGAACCCGAUGAAAUGCGCCUUCGGUGUAUCUUCCGGGAAAUUCCUCGGAUUCAUGAUUAGUCACAGGGGUAUCGAAGCGAAUCCUGAAAAAAUAAAGGCAAUCAUCGAUAUGGAAAGGCCGAAGACGACGAAGAACGUUCAAAGCCUUACCGGACGCGUGGCGGCCUUGACUCGCUUCAUAUCAAAGGCUACCGACAAAUGUGUACCGUUCUUUAAAGCCUUGAAAGGGGGCAAACGGAAUAUCAUAUGGACUGCUGAGUGUGAUAAAGCAUUUCAAGACUUAAAGGACUACAUGGGCAAAGCACCCCUUUUAUCAAAACCACUACCUGGGGAGAUUCUCUCCCUAUACCUUUCGGUAUCUAGCACUGCCGUCAGUUCGGUAUUGAUCCGAAAAUCAGAGAAGGCAGAUCUACCGAUUUUCUAUGUCAGUAAGGCACUUCAAAGUGCCGAACUUCGGUAUCCCCCAUUAGAACAGCUUGCACUAGCCCUUGUGGUCUCGGCACGAAGACUUCGGCCAUACUUUCAAGCGCACGGAAUCAAAGUCCUGACUAACCAACCGCUUCGGCAAGUGCUCCUAAAACCAGAGACUUCUGGCCGAUUGAUCAAAUGGGCAAUCGAACUCGGAGAAUUCGACAUACAGUUCAUUCCAAGGCCCGCCGAAAAGGGUCAGGCUAUUGCCGAUUUCAUCUUCGAACUCACCCCAUCAACAGCACAGCCAACACCCGAGUCGGUAACCGAGACCGGAUUGCCGGAGGAACUAGACGCCGAACGCUUUGACGUCUCAAUUCCCGUAUGGAUUCUGCACAUCGACGGCUCGGCAAACCAACAAGAGUGUGGAGCAGGCUUGGUACUGACAACACCGGACAGACUCAAGAUCGAGUACGCCCUCCGAUUCGACUUCAGAACCUCCAACAAUGAAGCGGAAUAUGAGGCUCUCUUGGCCGGCCUUUGGUUAGCCAAGAGCAUGAAUGCCAAACAAAUCAGAAUUCACAGCUACUCCCAGCUCAUUGUGAACAAGGUAACGGCAGACUUCGCGGCCAGAGACGCCUCCAUGCACGCCUACCUUUCGUCUACCCAUCAGCUACUCCAAAGCUUCCGAGCCUACGAGAUCAAGCAGAUCCCCAGGAGCGAAAAUAGCCAUGCCGAUGCAUUGGCAUGUCUGGCUUCGGCAAUCAACGACAAAAUCGAAAGAAAGGUGCCAGUAAAGAUUCUUGCCCAACCAAGCACAGUAGCCGCCGAAACAUGUACCGUACGGUACGAAGAUACAUGGAUGUCUCCUAUCUACUCGUACCGGACCAACGGCACCCUUCCAGAAGACAAGGCCCAGGCCCGAAAGCUUAGGUACCGAUCAGCAAGGUACACCAUCAUCAACGACGUCCUGUACAAACGUGGCUACACAACUCCAUAUCUCAAAUGCCUUACGGCAGAACAGGGGGACUACGUCCUUCGGGAGAUCCAUAAUGGUGUGUGCGGCGACCAUUCCGGGUCCCGAUCACUCGCCCAAAAAGCCUUUCGGCAGGGAUACUUUUGGCCGACCAUGCACCAGGACGCUAAUCCACUGGUAAAAAGGUGUGAUAAAUGCCAGCGUUUCGGUAACAUACCGCACAUCCCUGCCGAACCCCUGACACCGAUUGUGAGUCCUUGGCCUUUCGCACAAUGGGGAAUAGACCUGAUCGGUACGAUGCCGCAAGGUAAAGGCCAGGUAAAAUACGCAGUGGUUGCCGUUGACUACUUCACCAAAUGGGUAGAAGCCGAACCUUUAGCAACCAUAACGGCAGCAAAGAAGGAGGAUUUCGUCUGGACUCACAUUUGUUGCAGAUUCGGUAUCCCAUAUGCUAUCAUUACCGAUAACGGCAGGCACUUCGAUUCGGAACUCUUCAGGCAAUUCUGCACCCGCCUGAAAAUCAACUUAUUUUUCGCAUCACCAGCUCAUCCCCAAUCGAACGGUUAG